ACCUUGUUCUUCGAAACAAGUGGCAGUUAUAUGGACUCCCUAAACUUCAUUUGAGACGAUGAUGAAGUUUUUGUUCGGAUUCGGACUGUUUUUAUAAUUUUUUGUUUUGGGUUUUUGAUCCACAACACAAAUUGUGACUGACCGGCCUAAGUUAAGUCUUCUGUCGUGCGUCGUCUGUCGAUGAGUUCAUUCGCGUUAUCUUAGUGCAAAUAUCUCCUUUGGGUAUAGGUACCUAUUCAACUUUGCCAGUGAGACCAGGAGUGUAUAUAGUGUAGUGUUAUUUAACGAUUAAUUGUGUGUAUAUUGUGUUGUUGUUGCUUUUGAUGUAAAUUCACAAUUAUUAUUAUUAUUGCUCCAAGUACUUGCUCAAUUAAAUGCAAACAAAAUAAAGAAGCCAAAUUAAAUACGGCCAGCAUAGGUCUGGUACAUAGAUGCGUCGCCAUCGAAAUACAAUACUCCACUCCAGAUGUACUCUCGUUGGCCAGCAGCCGUGGCGAGGCACCAUUUUAUAUUUUGAAUAGAACUUCCGUCCAGUACUCGCAACCGUGCGUUCAUCGUCGUCGUCGUAGUUCGCCGAUUUAGACUCGUCCGAUUUGUUUCCCCUGGCAAAUAUUUUAGUUUUGUUCGUUUAUUUGUUUUGACGUUUUCGAACUCCAAAUUUGUAAAAUAGCUCUACGAAUAUGUCUGCCUUAUUAUACAGAUACUUAUAUGUAUACAAUAUACAAUUUUUGCACACACAUAAUUCACAUUAGAAAUCCUCCAUAUACCUAAGCGGGAAGGCAAACAAAAACAUACAUAUUCGCUUUUUUCAAUUUCGUGCUGAGACUGAGAGCUGGUGGUGCGUCUUCUAAGCAAACAGUCUUCAUAUUUUCGCGCGAUCGUAUUAUUGUUAGUUCUAUCGUACGUACGGACAACGAACGGGUCGGGUGUGCCAAAUCUGGACUAUUCUGGUUUGAAUUCGAUUAAACUGUAAAGCAAAAACAAAAACUGAACAAAUAUUUAAUAAAUUAAUUAAAAGAAAAAAAACUUUCUCGAAACAAUUUGCAAAAAUAAAGAACACAAAAGGAGGACCACGUUGAAAAAAGUGGACUUCCCGUAGACAACCAAUCUGGUUUAACUAACUGUAAUCACCUUAUCAACAUGAUGUACCUUAUUGAAGAAUGCUCCCCAGUUUGCAUGCAUUAAUGAGGUGCUCCUCUAGUGCAUUAAAAAACGCCCCACCCAACGAUGACUCUGUAGCCACAUGUUCGGGUCGGGGCGAUUGUCUAAAUGGCACAUGUCUCUGUGAAAUACGUUAUGCUGGCGAUGAAUGUUCUGCAUUCAAUUUACCCUAUCAUGCCGGGAUAUCGGGAGUAUUUUAUUUUGUAGCUGUAGUUUCGGUAAUACAGUUGAUAAUAUGUAUUAUUGCCGAAUAUCAAAGGCUGAAGCAGCCCUCAUUUUUACGAGCAUGUCGUCUAACAACACAGAAAUUUUUAUAUUUUAUGGUAUUUUUGGCGGCAUCAAUUCGUGGAGCUUACUUUACAACUCCGCGUGAUCUUCAACCAACAUGGGCUGCCACACUAAUGUCUGCAUAUUAUCCAUUGCUGAUGACAUGCUCUUCAUUGGUUGUGUGCCUUUGGGCAGAGAUUUUCCAUCUGCGUGACGUUCAUUGGGAAAAAUCACAAUUUCUAUCGAAAAGCUUCCUCGGUUUUGUUGCUUUUAAUUUCUUCCUAUAUAGUUUGUUUGGAGUAGAGGUAUUCUCAUCACUAAUUAUCCCCAAUAGCCAAAUCUACGCACACAUAUUUAAUGGCAUUUAUGCAGCGCUUCUGCUAAUAGUUGUUGUAUUUUUCCUGAUCUAUGGCGUUGAAGUGUUCUUUAAGUUACGCGGUGGUUUUGUCUACGAUUCAAGCGGUAAUAUCUUAGGUCCCAAUGAAGCUAUAGUCAAUGCAUCACAAUUACAUCAAUCACGAUUGGGACUGUUAAGUCAGGCAAUUAUGUUGAUUGUUAUUGUCGGUUUCCUAACCUCAGAGACUUUGGGCGAUUUUUGGAAGAAAAAAGUCCCAGUUUACUCACGCAAUUGGCAUGAUAUUGUCUUCCGUAUUGCUGAAAUUGGAGUGGCUUUAUGGUUCCCCUGUUGCUUAUGGAAUUCUAUGGCUCCCGAACAACUUUGGAUUCUAAAUCCGCGUAAAUUACUUCGUCGUCAAAUUGAUCCCAGCAUUCCUUCAACAUCGAGCGAAAACAAAGGCAGGGAACUAGAAGAAGGACAAUCUUUUAUUCUGGAAAAGCUAUGUUGGAUUUGCUAUGAUGCCGAUAAACCAGAACCACUUAUUCAACCAUGCAAAUGCACCGGCGAUGUGAGUUCAGUACAUCAUGAAUGUUUGAAACGAUGGUUGGUGGAAAGUUGUAGUAGUACCGCAGAUGCGAUAUUAUCUUGCAAAGUCUGUGGAUCACCAUAUGAGAUCGAGAAAGCGAAGAAACUUGAUUGGGAAAAAGGAUUCACUAUUCAGCACUGGGCCAAAACUAUUAUCUUGGUCACCCUCAUGUGUGUCUCUGGGGCAUGUGCAUGGGUAGUCAUUCAGCUCUAUGUCGAUCCUUUAAUUCGUAUAUUAACCGUUGGUAUAGCUGUGCUCAUUGGAUAUGUUUGUAUUAAAUGUCUGGGUGAAAAUACUGUAGUUGCUUAUCAAAGAGCUAAAGUAAGUUCGAUAAAUAUCGUUACCAAUAGUGAAACAGAGAGAUUACAUACGAUUUGUGAAGACGUUGGUAGUCAAUGAAGCCGUCAUUGUAAAAAAUUAUGAAUUCUUAUUUCAAAAUAAGUUUUCUUCUUUUAACUCUAAAUUUUAAAUUCCAUUUAUUUCAUAAAGUUGAUAAAAGAGGGUUACAUAAAUAAUUGGUACAAUUAUAUUUUAUAAUUUUAAAAACUUCGAUUUUAUGAAGAUAAUCCAAUUAACAAAACAAAAUUAAAAGAACAAUUACCAUAAAAAACAAAUGUAACCUAUGAGAAAUAGUUUUGUGUGUGUGUGAGUGCGUGGAAAUUAUAAUUAUGUAAAGCUUUGCAUUUCAAGGAAGUCUUUCUCUCGAAAAAUUCGUACUAUAUUUUGUUAAAAUUUUAACUAGAGAAAUAUGUCCAACUAAUAACUGCCCAAAUAAUGUAAAAAAGAAAUGCUUGUGUCGUCAAAAAAUGGAACACAAAAAUCUUCAUCUAUUUUUAUUUUACGGAAUUUGACAAUAUUUCCCUUUGAUUUUUUUAAUUAAAUAAAGACUAAUAUUUUCUUGAGAAUGAUUUCUUUGGGUAUCAUAGCUUAAAAAAUAAAAUUCAAAAUUAUUGCCAAAUUAGUAAAAAAAACUAAAAUGAAAAUCACUAGAAUUUUACGGCCUAAAAUUACGCAGCAAUCACAAAAUAAAACAAAACUAAACGAGAUUAUAAUUCACAUUAAAUAAAAGUAAGAUAUUUUAUUUAUUUACAAAGAAGAGACGAACUUUAUUUUAAAACAACAAAAAAGGUAUAAAAUAUUAUUUUUAUAUAUAUUUUUAAAGUAGGCUUUAAAAGAAAAAAAGUAUAUAAAUGGCGAAUUUUCUUUAAAAUUCAUUAUUUCGAGUCAAAAUUCAAAAAGUAAAACUUAUUUUCAAUAUAGAAAAGAAUGGGACUCGAGACAAACCAAUUUAUAAUAGUUUUCUGCAAUAUUACUUGAAAGUCUAGUAGAUCUGUAAUUAGCUAAAAGAAAGCUGUUUUAAAUUAGUCUGCCUCUAGUCAUUUCAAAAAAAAAACCUUUUGAUUUCAUUUUAAAAAAUGUGAUAUUAGCAAGCAAAAUUGUGACUAAACAAAAUUUUAAAUUUUAUGGCAAAUAAAAACAGAAA